GGAGUCCUCCGCACCACUCAAUCCGAGCUUUGGUAUUUCCCUGGGCCAGUAAAAUCUCUCUAUGAGCUCCAUCACCUCGUAAACUUCCGUUAAUUCGUGUCUAGUGCUUUCACCGAAGUCAUACUAAGUCAUCUGUCACUGGUUGAGGUUAAAAUGGUGGAAAAUUCUUUUUCCCUCUCAACGGCCAUCGAGAAGGAUCUUGCCCUCAGAAUGUUCCUUGCUGAGUUCUAGCAAAACACGCACUAUCAAAAUGAUUCAAGUGCCGAGCGCUACGGCAGAGCGCCCCUCAUCUCCAGAUGCCCCAACGUCCGAGAAGGACGCCGCACUGGCGGUGGUGAGCGACGAAGCGCAGGAGAUCGACCCUGCGGUGGAGAAGCGUGUGCUGCGCAAGAUUGAUUUAUUCUUCAUGCCUGCAAUGUUGAUAGGAUAUGGAUUUGUAUACUGGGACAAAGCUAUCUUGGGGAGUGCAUCUCUGUUCGGUAUGACAACUGAUCUGGAACUACUUGUCAUCGAUCAUACUACAUCGCCACCGUCCAAGGACACAUCGCGACUCAGCUGGGCGACUUCCAUCUUUUAUUUUGGAAUGUUGGCCGGGUUGUAUCCGAUGACGUUUAUCCUUCAGCGCUUCAAAACACAAUAUGUAUUUGGCCCCAUUGUGAUGAUGUGGGCUAUCACCUGUGCCGCUACAGCGGGUGUAAAAACGUGGCAGGGGUUGUUUGCGCAGCGGUUUUUCUUAGGCUUUGUUGAGAGCGUAGUUCCAACGGGCUUUAUGACGAUCGUGAGCAGCUACUAUACGCAGAAGGAGCAAGCCAUGCGUCAAGCGUGGUGGUUCUCCGGUACGGGGUGGUUCACUAUCAUUGGCGGUGCCCUGAACUACGCUUUUGGCCAGAUCAGCUCGGGCGCUCUGAAACGUUGGCAGUACAUUUAUAUUUUUGCCGGUGCGCUGACCUUUCUUUUUGGGCUAUGGUGCUGUAUUAUGCCCAACUCGCCUGUCUCCGCGUGGUUCCUGACCCCAGAGGAACGAGUUGUCGCAGUGGAGCGACUGCGGAAAGGGCAGACGGGUGUGCGAUGCCAAAAGAUUAAGUGGGAUCACAUUAAGGAGUCGUUCCUGGACCUGAAGUUGUACCUCGUCGCGAUAAUGAUGGCUGCCGCGUAUACGAUCAACGGCGCGAUCUCCGGGUUUGGUCCCCUCAUCGUAUCAACUUUUGGCUUCAACACACUGGAAUCGAUCCUAUUCCAAUUCCCCGUCGGCGGUGUCUGCGUCAUUUUCAUCCCACUGUGCGGCUACAUCUCGUCACGGAUCCCAAACACACGCAUUCCCAUGUUGAUUGCCUGUUGUCUGCCUGUCAUCGCUGGGUGCGUGAUCAUCUGGAAGUCCGAAUGGGGAUACCAACCCGCAGCCCCUGUUGUGGGAUACGCAUUGACGGGGUUCUUCGGACCAGUUGUCAGUCUCAUCAUUACUCUUGGGGCCAGCAAUGUGGCGGGUGCUACGAAGAAAACCGUCAUGGCGGCCACGGUGUUUGUGGCUUACACCGUCGGCAACAUCAUCGGGCCACAACUUGUGAACAGCAAGACGGUGGGCCAGCAUUAUCCGGAGCUAUGGACGGGCAUGGUGAUUUGCUAUUGCAUCACCAUCGCCGCCGCAGUAGCCCUGUAUCUGGUCUUGUGGAAGGAGAACCGGCGCCGGGACAAGAUGGACCUUGAUGAGAGCCAACGGGAUAAGUUGGCAUUCCAAGAUCUGACUGAUAAGCAGAACCCGUUCUUCAGAUAUGUGAUGUGAUUGCACGCCGAAUCUGCAGUCCAAUAAUAAAAAAUAGAUUAGAGUUAGUAUAAUUAAACGCAGAUAUCACUCAAAGGGUAUACGUGAAUCUUCCACUGCCAAGACAAGCAACACAGUAUCUCAAGUCUCCGAUUCCUCAAAAA